AGGGGCAGGGCAGGAGAGAAGUGGGAGAAGAGGCAGCCCUCUGGAUGGCUGGCACAGGGAGACAACACCUGUGGAGAACCCAGGGUGGGGCUGGGGGCAAGGAAUGGGAUUGCCUCUUGGCAUCUCCUCCACCCUUGCAGCAGUGGGGGAGCCCAGUUUCAGGAUGCCUUCGAUGCUCCUGGCUGCCCAUAGCUUUCUGGGGCCCACUGACAGCCUGCGUAUGUGGGCAGAGGGAAUGAAGCAAGAAUUCAUGAGGUGCUUGGGAAGAGGAGAGUAUUUCCUUGUUCUCCUUAUGGAGGCAGGCGAACGAGCCAGGCGUGGCAGGGGUCAUCUAGAAAACAGGGCCAGGGGCAGAUGGGUGGAGGUGGCACUGGGUAUGGCAGCAGACACAGCCCCUUGGCACUGACCUGCUGGGAAGGAUGGGCUGUGUGUUUGCACGUGCCUUGCUCACACCCCUGCUCAAAGAGCAAAUCCAGAGGUAUUUUAUCCUCAGUACAUUUGUUUAAGGAAGUUUAAAAGCAAAUUUGGCCCCUGGCUUUGUAUCCUCGCUCCUAUAAAUUCAAACACCUUGGACAGAGCAUGUCUGUGCAGUCUUACAUGUGACAUUUAGCUAAAACCACUUACAAACAACUUGCAUUACAAGUUUAUUCAUUCCCUGCAGAAUGUUGGCUCCGCUGAGCGUCUCACGAGCCAUCUGCUGCGGGCGAGCUGCUUAUCUUUGCUAUCGGAGCCCUCUUCUAAAUAUUAUGACCAAACAGAAUUCCAAGAACAACAUCCAUCCCGCUGCACUGCAAAUGCGCAAAGCUGAUAAACUGUUUAUAUAUUAUCAGCUAAAUAAGUUGGGUUUAUCUGGAAGAGUUCGCAAAAAAAAGCCUCUUGGGGCGCUCAGAGGGAGUGAUUUUUGCCAGCAGUGCGGGGCGGGAUGGGGAGGUUGUUGGGCACACCCCAUGUGCCACCUUCAGCCCCCCAGUGCCUAUCAAGCCGCUGGGAUGGGAAGUCACCGGCUGCUGCCCACGAGUGGGACCAGGACCCUGAUGAGCUGUGAUGCACCUCGGGCUGGGGAUCGGCUGCAUCGGGCACCUGGGAGCCGGCUGGACCCCUUGUCCCACAUCUGGCACUGCAGAUGAGCUCUAAGACCUUCUGCUCCUAUGGAUGUCAGUGCCCACCUGCUUCUUCUUGCUUCUCAGCUGCCCCAAACCCAACUUGCUGCAGCACCGGGGUGCUCUGGUGUGUUGUGCUGGAACGUCCAUCCGUGCAGACUUGGUGUCUGGCCUGGCAAAUCCAGGGGCUGUGUGACCUCCAUGCCUGGGACAGUGGUGGGAGCCGGCAAGCCCUGGCGCCUGGGACAGCGCCCAGAGACGUUAACCCCAGUGCCCCAAUUAUAAAUUAUCUAAAUGCUUGUGAAAUCCACCCAAAGUGUCUCUGCCCUUCCCAGUGUCCAACAGCCCAAAUUCGGUAUCAGAAUGUGUUUAUUAUUGCGCAUUUGGCUUUUUUGUGUGGCUGAAGUCUUGCCUUUUGGUGUCAACAAGCUUUGGGACAAAGCCAUGGGCAGAGCGUAGGUCAGCACAGCAAACCCUGGUCAUCCCAGCAGAUGGAGAGCAUUUAUUCUCCCAGGGGACUCCAGCUUGAGGGAUACUUUGUCUGCUGGCUGCCAGCAAGCAGAUCUCACAGCUCUAGAGGGUUUCUGCUGGCUCUGGCCAUCUUCCCUAGGAGCACUUCAGCACAGCCUGGAUAGGAACGUCCAGAAGGCCAUGGGACACUGAGUGACAGUUGGUGGCGGCUUCUGCAGUUGCCCUGCAUGAUGGAGAGCAGACAGGGAAUGGAAGGAGAAUCCAUUGUGAUGAACAUCCCCAGGACUACCCAGGACUCGCCAGGUUUUAGGACCUUGCCACCCUAUUCAGGGACAAGGACAGAGUGCCUGACUGCACCUGAGAUGGGGAGCUGCAGGGCUCAAUAACUGUGGGGCAGAGUCAUCUCAGUCUGGUGGGGGGAAAAGAAGGAGCGGGAAGCAGAUGGGGCACACCUCGAGAUGGGCUUUCUGCAGAGAAAGCACUGAUGUCUCCAUGAGGAUUGGGCAGUAAGGAGCAGCCAUGCUUUCUGCACAGAAGUGUUGCAGAGGGAAUACAGUAUUCUGGCCUGAGCCCAUCCUUCCCAUGUUGUUUUCAUCCAAGGAGCAACUAAUUACACCAAGACCUGGCAACUGCAGGAUGGUGGUGAGAGACCCUGACUUCUGACUUCUAGCAGCUGGUAUAACACCUGUAGUUUUCUGUGGCAAAUCUCAUGAUCCAUGAGGUCCUUUGCCCAGGAUGGAAAGUGAUGGGGAGGGCCUAGCUUCCCUGAAGGGCCACCAGCCUGCAUCUCUCCACUGCUCAGCUAUGUCCUUGACUCUAAGUGUCCAAAGCAAAUAUGUCACUGUACCUUCUUAAAACGUUGAAAACUGAGAAAGAGAAUGGCUAUAGUCAUAGGAAGUUAAUCUGGAACUGAACCCGGGAGUUCAGGAUUCAUACGUUCCUUUUCAUUCUUCUUUGCCUACUGGUCCAUGCUUUUCAUGCUUGGAAGAAAGUCUGAAGAAGGUGGAGAUGGCCAAUAUUUUUGUGCUGGUACCCAGCUGUCAAAAGUGCAUAGAUGCAAAGUACUCUUAGGGGAAGCAGUUUUCUGAGCAUUGCUCUUGGCCCUUCAGAAGGAGGGACAUGGCAAAGGUGGUGAGGCACUGGCACAGGUUGCUCAGAGAAGUUGUGGGUGUCCUGUCACUGGAAGUGUUCAAAGUCAGGCUGGACAGAGCCCUGAGCAACCUGAUGUAGUGACAGAAGUCCCUGCUCAUGGCAGGGCAGUUGGGCUGGGUGGUCUUUUGGGGUCCCUUCCAUCCAAAACCAUUUUGUGAUCCGAUGAUUGUAUGCCCAGGCCUCUUCACCAGCUCUGUUCCUCCUGGUGACAUUUUGGGGUCACUGCAAGGAUGGCAUGUGCCAUUAUGUGGCUUCAGUCUUGCAGUUGUGUUCCUUCCAUGUGGUGUUCUUUAGAGCUUCACUGGAGGCAACAAAUAUCUACUGCUGUAAUGGGCUCUCUCCCUGCCGUGCCCACAAUCCCUGAAAAUGCUGGUCCCAGACUGCUCUUUUCCAGUCUUCCUGUCAUUCCUAUGCCCGGGAAAUUGGAGUGAAGAAGCUUUCCAAAGCAGACCUCCAGCAUAAAAAGACACUCCUUGUCCUGGAAGUUCAGGCUGGCUCUGAGCCUCAUUCUGCAUAUCUCGUAUACAUGAAGCAACUCCUUUGCAUGAAGAUAUGGAGUUUAUUAGGAGACACUGGAGCUUAGGAGCUGUCAAGAGUGGAAGUCAACUUUCUCUCUGACACGCAAAGAGCCUUUUAUAGGAUGGAAUGGGCACAGGUCCCCAGCUGAGUACCUCCCCCUCAGCUCACCCCAUCCCAGGCAUCACUGCACUCCCCAUUCUGAGACUUGGACUUGCUCCGCUUUGAGAUGGGUCCCCAUCCCUUGCCGUGAGAGAUAACACCACAAUCUAAGGAAUCUCUUGAGCUGAACUCAUUUAAACAUACCCACGCAGAGAGACGGUGUUCCCCCACGUUCCUCUUCUCCCCAAAAUGCUUGUUAACCCUUCUUCUCUUUGCUGGAAGCUCCAACAAGCCACAGGACCCCUCAAACUUGGCAGACUGUGAAGACCUGUUGUGCCGUGCAGGUCACUGUGAGAUGAGGGCUGCUGGAGCAGCAGCUCUGUUCUUGGGGCUCUGUGAGCCCAGGCUGCUGGGACCCAGAGCUUUCCCCUUUCCUCUACUAUCUGAUGCUCUCAUGGAGCAGAUUGAUCCCUUCCCAUGCUUGGAGCCAUAUUUUUGGCACCUUUUGUUUCAGCCACUCUGUCUCUCUCACCAUAAACAAUAGUUGCCAUAAGGUAGCUUCUUUCCACCACACAUCUUUAAGUUCUUCUGGUUUUGGUGUCAUUUCCCCAGGCUCCUAUGUCACCUCAGUUCCACAACAGCCUUAUACAAUGCUGAAAUCCAUCUCUCUUGUCUUCUUCCUGCUCUGGGCCUUGCUGAUCUGGAUCAUAUAGGUUAGCAAGUGAUUUUUAGGAAUUUUGCAGCCAUGAAACUCCUUUUCUGGCCUUGGACUUCUCAUAGGACAACUGCAUACAGGCCUCCCAGGGGAAGCUGGGGGUGCUCUGGUUCUCCAGAGGCACUGACCACAUCCUUCAGAGGUGAAUCCUUUUUAGGGACAGCCCAAGGAUGCAGCCCUUGGUGCCUUCUACCAAGCUUCAGGGUGCAGUUCUGCCUGCCCAGGCUGCCUGGCUUUUCCCAGUGGGCUGAACAUUGUCUCCCACCUGCCUCCCUCCUGGGAUGGUUUCUGCAUGGGUGCCAAAUCCUUCUGCCAGAAUUGCAACCGUAUUUCUGGUGCAUGACUGCUGCUGGGGGACUCAGCCCACCAAGCAUGGCUCGUGGGUGGUGGGAGACUGCGGCAGAGCAGAAGACACGUCACUGGGAAUCUCACUCAUUUGCAGCUCAUUCCAAUGGCACAGCUGUCUCCUUUAAACAAAGCUUACUCAGUGUUACUUAAUGUUUCGGCCAUGCCUCUGCAGUUUGUGUGACCUUUACCCACCAAGCCACUUUGGUUUGGGUCUGUGAGCGGGAAGCCAAAUCCAUGAGAGCUGGGCACGGCAGUGUUUUGGUGCAGAACUGGACUGUUGUGACUUUGUUGCAUCUCUCUCAGUGCCUUUUCUUGAUGUGGAGUUCCUCUGCAGAUGGUUCAGGGGUUGACUUCUGUGGCAGUGGUGGGAGUGAGGCGCAGGGAGGCAGCCGGCAGAUUUACGACCCCAGUGUCUAGACCAGCUCCGACCUGCCUGGGAUGACAGGUACAUGCUGGCGAAAGGUAUGCGGCACGUCUCCAGCUGUCUGGCCCUUCAUCUUGACGCCAAGCAGGGGGAGAUUGCCAAAAAGCUCACUGCAGCACUGCCCAGGGCCUCCAAAAGCUGUAGGUGAUGUGGGGGUGAUGGCAUUGGGAUGCCCCCAGAGCUGCACACAGUAGAUGCACACCCCGCUCGUGGCACCAGCUCCAUCUGCGCCGUGAAACCAAGGGGAUGGGAUCAGGUGGGACCAGGAGUGUCCCUGUAUGAGGAUGCCCUUAUCCAGCUGGUGGCUGAUGGCCCUGCGGGGCAGCCAGAGGGACGCUGGCUCUGCACGGCCCCAUCCUGCUCACAAUGGGUGCAGACCCAGGGUUUCCCCUGCCCCUUGGGCUCACUGUGGGUAUGGGAGCACUCAGAUGGGUUUCUGUGGUGUGGUUUUACUGCUGGCAUCCCUUUGCUUUGGGUGGACCAGCCGUGUGUGUCGGUGUGCAGAUGUGCAGUGUGCACGUGCCUGCUGGUAAACACACAGAUGUGAGCGUGAGGCAAAACACAAACGUAUACAAUAAUUUUCCACAAUUAAGAGAUGUUUUAGAGCAGAAAAUUUCCAUUUUAGGCGUAAGAGCAUCAAUUUUAUAAAUAAAAGAUUUAAAUAAACAUUAGCAUGGAUACAUCAACACACACACACACGUACACGCUCACACGCGCACUUAAAAUAGGCUUCCACACUGUAAUUUUAAAUAGUACAAAACAAAUGAAUUCUCCAAAUAUUGUUUAAACUGGCACGGGGGGUUAUGAUGUCAUCUCUGUAGUAAUCAUAAACUUGUUUUCCUGUAAUAAAUAUGAUCGUUUUUCCCAUUAACAGCUUAUUAGGACUUUUGGUCUAUGCGAGACCAAUACCAAGCUGUGGCUGGUUUUGAUUGCUGAAGACUGCAUUAGGUCCCCAUCCUCUCCGCUGGCUCACUAAGGCUGCUGUCAAUAGUCACUCUUUUAUUCUUCCCAUCUUUUUCCUCGGGGGAAACAAUGAGUGGCGCCUCACUCUCGAGCAGCAUCUCUGUUUCUGUGAUGGAACCCCGCUCAUGGGCUGUGCUGCCAGCCCCAGAGUUGCCUUCAUGAGAGUAGGAUGGGACUGGUGCUAGGUGGGUCUGUGAGGGGCAUGGGGGAACACAGCCAGUGCCCUGCUGGGCUGGGGCUCACCAGAGUCGCCAGAGCAUUGAGGCUGUCACUUGCACUGGGUCAGCGUUAUCACUGCUGGGGAUGAGACAUGCUGCGAGCAAGCACUGUCCUGGGCAGCACAGGGCCUGAUCCUGAUGCUUGGGCAGCUCCACACAGCGUGACCUGUGCUGCAGGGCAGGUGACAGUCCUUGCCCUGGUGACAGCAGGCUGCUCCCAGGCUUGCAGCCAUGUUCCCUGCAGAGUCUCACAGGUCCUGGGUGUCCUGCCUGGGGCAGCAUCUGUGCCCUGCAAGUGUCUCCAGGGGUCACUCAGGACCCUGCCCAUGCAGCUGGGGAUGCUGAGCAUUUCCCGGGACAGACUGUGCACAGCACAGUUCCUGGGAUGCUCCCACUGCUACAUGCCCAAUCUUUUCUUUGGAUGCGCGGCCCUGUAGGAAGUGCUGCUGCAGGAGCAUGCCAGCUCUGCUCCUCGAGCUAUGUUCAUUCACACUUAUCAGCACCAGGGCAGUGUCUCUGAAUUACUUAGAAUAAUAUUUGGAAAAAAUUCUUACAUAUAUUAGACCAGUAAGCCUUUAAGUCUUCACAAGGGCCUUAAUUCCAAGGACGCCGAUGUGCUCCUGUGCCAAGGAUUCUGCAAGGCAGUGACACGCAGGCGGCCGGGCUCAUUCUGCACCCUGUCCUGCUGCCUCCAAAAUGGUUAACAAAUGUUUGCUGCUGGGAAUCUGUUUCUGCUUAGCUGGGAAGCGGUGGGGUUCUGAACCCUGCUUUGUAGCACCCCGCUGGCAGCUUUUGUCAUUCUCAGGCUUGGCAUAUUAUUGGAGCUAUUAACUGAUGUUGCGUUGCCUCAUUGUAUUUAGAUUUUAAACAUAUUUGUAAGGCUUAAAAAAAAAAAAAAUUGUUCUUCUUAUUAAAGCAGUGUACCAAAUACCUUCUAGUAAAUAGUCUGUCCCAGAAGUGCUCUGCUCACCCACAGCGGGCUGGGGAGCAAUAAACCAGUGAAAGAAAAGAGAAAAAAAAUAAAUAGCAAGGAUGUUAGAGGGAAGAGGAGUGGGAAAGCGCCGGGCGAUGCCUCUGAGCUGACUGCAUGCUCCGUUUGCUGCACAGCCCUGACUGCCAGGUGCCUGGCUCUGGCAGCCCGUGAUGGGCAGUGGGUUGCGCUGUGUGCUGCUAUUUGCCACAGCACUGGGAGCAGCCGGGGGCAUUGCCAUGCAGAGUUUGGUAGCCAGAGACACAAGAAGGAGCUCCACACUUACCCUGAGGGCUGCUGGGGAGUGUGGGAGCAGCAAGAGGAAAAAAUGGGCUCUGCUGCCUUUGUUGCGGAGUGCUGGAGUGGCUGUGCUCGGGAGACAGGGGCACCCCGGGGGCUGCUGUGACACUGGGCACAGAGCCACCUGCCUGUCUGCCUGCUGCUCUGUGCGUGGAGAUGAAGCCUGUGUAGGGAACUCAGCUCAACCAGGUGACCCUAGCAAUACCUUUCCCCUUCCGCCUUGUCUUGCCUGGCAAACACUUCUAUAUGUUGUUUCCAAGGCUGCCAUUUGGCUUUACAUCUGCUGGCAAGCAUUUCUCCUCACCCGUCUGUUCAGAGCAGAUCCCGAGGGCAGGGCUCCCCUGUUCCCAAACCCUCUCCUAUCCUGCUGGGGCGGUGGGCAGAUGCCAGCAGGAGAGACACGGGUCCCUGUGGUGUGUCCCAAACCCUCUCUGGAGCCCGAGCUGUGCCACAGCAGGAGCAGCACAGCUCUGUCUGCUCUGCCAGCAUCCCUGGGCUGCAGCGCUCUGCAGGCGUGGAUGAGCUCUCCCCCAGCGACCAGCCCCCCCAGCACUUCAGCUGCAGAGCUAAUUACACACAAUUUGACUAACGGUGCUACCCUGGGCCAAGGAUAUAUUAGGUCAAUCUUCUAGAAGCUGGGAAAAGACCAAAAAGCAAACAAAACCAAAACAACAACAACACAACAAAUAGCCAAGGAGAAAGGAGAAUAGCUGUGAUACUCUUGUGAUGUCUGUACAUGAGUAUUUUUGCACUGAAGGAAUGCAAAUGCAUUUUUGCUGUGUUACAGCACAGUUUCAGACAGAGCAGCAAUGAUGCACUGUAAACAGACCAUGUUAAAACACAUAGUUCUAUCUAGAUCCUUCUGCAGCAUUUUCUCUAAAUAGUUAUUUUGUAAUAGGCAUUUUAUUUGCUCUGCGGAGGCCCUAAAUAGUAUAUGUCCGACUUGAGGAGCAUGCAUGUUCUGGAACUUGUUUUAGGGGCUCUUUAUUUAGCAGGCGUGCAGCAGGCAAGGUCUCCGGCUCUCAGGCACAGCUCCGGGCAGAGCAGCAGCUCCGGGCUCCCUGCGCUUAUCUCCCUGUGUUGUUCAUCCACAGAAGGUUAUUUGGGUAGAUUUUCCCUCCCCCAGUGACUGGUAAAUGGAGGCAGAAGAUGGAAAAACACAGCACAAGUGCGUGAUUGGUGGCUCCAAACCAUUUUUAUUUGUUUCAGAGUGUUUUGGGGUACAUUAGGAAAUAAAGACAAAUUCUAUGCAUGCCCAGAGAAGGUACUGAAGAGAAUUUUCCUCUCGGUUAUGUUAGAAGAAAUUGAGCUUCUCUGCUAUCUGAUUUGCUCCCAAUUCAACAAGUUUUGGCUCCCAGGGCACCCCUUGAAGUGCUGGACUGAUCAACUGUGACAUUCCAGGGAUGGCAGAGGCCAAGGUGGAUGUGGCACCGAGAUCAGUACAGCUGGAAAAGCUCUGCUAUCUCCCUUCAAGCUCUCAGCACUGAGGCAACGAGACCAGAGUGUGGCCAUAAGAAGGGAAAGCAUCCCUAAAGUUCUGAGAAUUAGAGGCCUGUCUGCUUCUCGACACUGGCUGUGUGUUCUUUUGGAGGAGGGACUGGACCUUGACAGCACCAUCUGUCACUUGGCUGGAAGUGGGUUGGAGCCAGGAGGAGUCCCGGUGUUAGAGCUGAUGUUUCCAGCGAGCCGGAGAAAGCACAGAGGUUUGGACAUCACCCAAUCUCUUCUGCCUUCCCUGGGGCACAGGAAAGGUGGCCCUGUGUGGAGCAUGGUUGGGUUGUUUCAUCACAAAUAUCAGCAGGAAUUUCUCUUAUCUCCCCAGUACUACUUUUCGAGAGGUCGCUUUGGUGUCUGGUUCUCCAUUUGAGCAUCCAAAGUGGAGCAGUCAGAAUCUGGACCGGUCCAUACAGGCAUGGUGAUGAAUGGUGUGAUCAAACAGGAUCGCUCGGACCACAAAAAUGCACCAAGUGGAAAUGAGGAAGAGAAGGCACCCAAAGAAAAGGCAGCAGGGGAAGUGAGGGAUGGCACCAAGCUCCAGCCACCCCCCUUUGCGGAGCGGAAGAAUGUUUUGCAGCUACGGCUUCAGCAGAGAAGGACCCGUGAGCAGCUGGCAGACCAAGGCAUCAUGCCACCACUGAAAAGCCCAUCCGCAUUCCAUGAACAACGAAAAAGUCUGGAGCGAGCCAAGGUAAUUCCUACAGCCAUCCCAACUGAAGAUUAUCUCAAGCACAAGAUCAGAAGCAGGCCUGAGCGAUCAGACCUGGUCAAUAUGCACAUUUUACAAGACUCAGCUGCAGAGGGGUCCAUUCAGUCCACUCAAAUGAAGCUGAAAAGAGCCCGACUGGCAGAUGAUCUCAAUGAAAAGAUUGCUCUCAGGCCGGGUCCUUUGGAGCUGGUGGAGAAGAAUAUUAUUCCUGUCGACUCAGCUGUGAAAGAGGCCAUAAAAGCAGGCACACAGGUGAACUUCUCCAAGCCAUCUGAUGCGUUUGCCUUUGAGGAGGACAGCAGCAAUGACGGCCUGUCCCCGGAGCAGGCCAGGAGCGAGGACUCCCAGGGCUCCACAGAGUCGUCGGCAGGCACCAAAUCCUCCGAGCUGCCGCCCUCGGCCCCCUCAGGGCCGGCCCAGGAUCACCCCCGUGGCAUUGAGGGCAACACAGCGGAGCUUGCCUCAGGCCAGAGCGGCCAGUGCAACAGCCCCAAGCAAGCAGUGGGGCAGGACAGCCCACCUCUCCCAGUGCCCUCCGUGGUGAAGUCAAAAUCAUCCAGUGAUAGCAAGAACCGUCACAAAAAACCCAAGGACACUAAGCCCAAGGUGAAGAAGCUGAAAUAUCACCAGUACAUCCCUCCAGACCAGAAGGCAGAGAAGUCCCCUCCACCUAUGGACUCUGCAUAUGCAAGACUCCUCCAGCAGCAGCAGCUCUUUCUGCAGCUGCAGAUCCUCAGCCAGCAGCAACAGCAACAACAGCAGCAACAGCAGCAACAGCAGCAGCACUUCAACUACCCAGGGAUGCACCAAGGCCAGAUAAAGCAAUCAAAUGAGCAAAUGAUCAAAAGUUCAAAUGCUUCAUCAACUUCUGUCAGCAACACCCCUCUUUCUCCUGUGAAAACCACCUUUUCAGGCCAGACUUGUGUCUCAUCUAUCAAGCCAGGCCCUCUGCCAUCUAACCUGGAUGAUCUGAAAGUGUCAGAACUGAGACAGCAGCUCCGAAUAAGAGGCCUGCCUGUAUCAGGUACCAAAACAGCACUGAUGGAACGGCUACGGCCCUUCCAGGAGUGCAGCAGCAAUGCGGUGCCAAAUUUCAGUGAGAUCACAACUGUCACCUUUCCAGUCACUCCAACAAGCACCUUGUCAAGUUACCAGUCGCAGUCUUCCACUGGCAUGUUAUCAAACGGCUUCUACCACUUCGGCAGCACCAGUUCCACUCCACCCAUCUCUCCAGCCUCCUCUGACCUCUCUGUGAGCGGCUCUCUGCCAGACACAUUCAACGACGGGCCCAUGUCUUCUCCACAGUUUGGUCUUCAGCCAUCUCCAGUUCACGGUAGUGCUGAGGAAAGCCUGAUGAGCAGCAUGAACGGAGGGAGCAUCCAGCUGGAGCUGGAAGGGAUUGACACAGAGAAGGACAAAAUGCUGGUGGAGAAGCAGAAGGUCAUCAAUGAAUUGACGUGGAAGCUGCAACAAGAGCAGAGGCAGGUAGAAGAACUAAGGAUGCAACUGCAGAAGCGAAAGAGAAGCAAUGGCCUUGAGGAGAAACAGCAGCCCUCCCAGCAUUUCUUUGGUGUUCCCAUCAAGCAAGAAAAUGCAGUGUCCAGCUGCCCAUUUGCAUCCAAACAAACUGCCUUGAAAGGCCAAGCCAGCAGCUCGGAUAAGUUAAGUAACUGUGGGGUGCCACAGCUGUCUCACAUUGUAAAUAGCCACUGCUUGGAGCCUGCGGGGCAAAGUACCAUCACCUCCUCGACAUUCCUGAGCCCGCAGUGCUCCCCCCAGCACUCUCCACUCGGGGCUGCAAAGAGCCCUCAACACAUCAGCCUGCCACCGUCCCCCAACAGCCACUAUCUCCUGGCGGUGUCCCCUGGCUCACAGGCAGAAGGGCGCAGCGCAUCGCCCCAGGCCAGCAGUUGCCUUCGCACGGCAUCGCAGAUGACUCGAAGUCAGCAGAUGGACGAACUCCUGGACGUGCUGAUUGAGAGCGGAGAAAUGCCAGCCAACGCCAAGGAAGAUCGGUCCUGCCUCCAGAAAGUACCUCAGAUAACAGUGUCUACAGGGAACUCCAGCACUCCGCUCCCAAAGUCAUCUGCUCCAUUCGAACAGGUCUCCUCCACCCAGCUCCCAUUCGAGCACUGUCCAGGCGGUGGUGACGCUCACCUCGAGGUCCUGCUGAAUGCCCACAGCCCGCUGGGGAGAGUCGGUGAAAUCACCCUGCUGAAGAUGGGAGGAGAGGAGUCCCACUUUGAAGGGAUGAUAGAGGGGUUCUCCAGCAAAGCCGCAGAUGAACUGCUCACCUCCCAGGAGAUUUUACAGACUCCCCUCUCACCCAUGGAAACGCAGCUCUCCCCUUCCCCUGCUGAUGGCUCCGGUUUACAAAUGAGUUUCACUGAAUCUCCAUGGGAAACGAUGGAGUGGCUGGACCUCACCCCCCCCAGCUCUGCCACUGGCUUCAGCUCACUCACUCCUGCAGGCCCCAGCAUCUUCAACAUUGAUUUCCUGGAUGUUACUGAUCUCAAUUUAAACACCAGCAUGGACCUCCACCUGCAGCAGUGGUGAACAGGAGGGCAGUGGAGGCAGAGUACUGCGAGCCCACAGCAGCCAGCGCAGUGUUUCCGUCAUGCUGGAGAACACAUAGGGCUAACACGCCACAUUCAGGGAAAACUGGAGCCAUUUUCCCAGUGAAUAAACUUGUUUGAAUCUUCAGUUACUGCAAACUGACAGCACAACAGCUCUGGUACUUCGGUUUUCUUCCACUGGCACAUCUUCACAAAGGAUACCAAGUGCCUUUAUCAACACUCCUUUAGAUUGACAGUUGUCUGUAACUUCAUUUUUGUUCUUUUUAUCUUCCUCCCCUCAGUUUUAACAGUCACUCCCAUGAGAACUGGAGCAGCUCACAACAAAACCACGUGGUGAGGAGAGCUCACUUGACAAGCAACAGGGAAGCAAGCACACAGAGGUUGCUGCCCAGCUCCUUCCUGCCAUCCCACAGGGCUCCCCUCAGCCCUGCCCAGGUCAGGAGGGCUAGGAGCAGGGAGGCACGAGGGCUCUGCCCAGCCAGGGCAGUAAGUACACCCCUGUGUACAGCCAGACUCACCUCCUACCCCCAAAACCCCAGAGCUGUGCUGCCCCAGUCCCUGCACAACUGUAUGAGCAAGCAAGAGAUGGAGCCUACCAUGUUCAUGGUGGUGCCUUGGGAUGUUCUCACUGUCUGGGGGGCCGAAAGCCAAAGAGCUGUCUCAGCUACAGUCUGAGCUGAGUCAGGCUGCAGCCCGAGACCUUGGAGCAGAGAGGUGUGGAUGCUGGAGGCAGCCAUUCAGGCCGCAGGUGCAGGUGUUGAAGGGAUGUGGCAUUCCAGUGGAGCUGGCAUGGCUCAGCUCGUGUGGUACAGAUAAAGAGAUGUGUAAUGUGUUGUGGUCCAAGGUAGGAGCAGGUCACACGGACAGUACAGCACAGCUUUGGAUGGGCUGUUCCUGCAGAGCCACAGCGUGAGGUGGUCCUCCACCAUCCAGCAGGGCGGUCAGGAGCAGCCUCCCUCCUGCACAUAGGGCAGGGCUGAGCGGGCCCUCGUGGGGCUGUGGUUUUGUGUGAGCAUCUGCUUUUGCUGUCUCCGCUCUCUGCCAUCCAGAAGGCUUCCUUCUUCUCUUCCUCCUUGAUCCUCAGCAGCGAUCCUCUUCUCUCCUGAGUUUACUCCGGCAUCACCCAGCUCAGAGCAAGGCUGUCUGGAGAACAGCUGUGAAUCACUGAGCCUAGAGGAGCUCGUUCUUCUGAAGCCAGCAGAGAUGGAUGCUCUCCCGCAGUGAUGCCUCCAGUUUGAAGUCACCAGCAUUUCUCCUGCGAGUCUCUGUGCAAUAUCCUUCCUCAGGCUCCAGCGAGAAGGAGCCUUCGCUUCACUUCUUGGCUGCCACCAAAGAACUUGCUGCAGACUCUUUGACGGACACAUCGGCUUUGCAAUUCUGGUUUUGCCAAAGUAAAUAUUGUUGCUGACAAAGAUUGUUAAACUAUUUACAGACUGAGUGUAUUUAAUAUUUGUGUUACUGGAAGGACAGCGCAUCGGGGACGCGGCACUGGGGAGGUGCACCGUGGGCACAAACCCGGGCGGCCCCGCAGCCCCACUGCGUCUCCAGCUCAUGGCGAUGUUGCAUGCUGUAUAAAGAACACAGCGGUAGCUUUUAAGUCACUAUUUAAAGCAUCACUUUUCUAUUGUACAAAUGGUCACAGUGCACUGCUAGAAUAGACAAUCACAGGUUGCUGUUUUUUUUUUUUUUAAUUCCUUUUUCUAAGGGAGAAAUUUUUAGAAGCCGUUCCAUGGAGAAUAUUAAUAGCACUUGAAUCAGAGUAGUGUUAGCUGCUACACUGCGCCGUUGUACAGGGCUUUCCAGGUAAUUUUCUCCUCUCAACAAAUGUAUUUCCUUAUUUAAAGGGAUGCUGUCAGCUUCAAACUUGUAAACAAGCACAUUUCCUUACCUAUGUUACCAGCAACACCUUCAUUAUUAAAAACCCCUUUGCCUUGCU